AUAACGAGCCCCCAUCUCAACGGCCGAGAUCCCACCGAAAUCAUUCCCCGGAUAUCCCGCACUGGAUCCCCGCCCUUCCCUCCUCUUUCCGAAAUUUCCCCAUUUGUCAAGAGCUCGUUGCGCUGCCUUCUUUCUCUUCGCUUCAGCUUCUUCAAACUGUGCUGUUCUUGAUCAGAGUUUCGCAGUCUUGUUACUAAUUCCGCCGGCAACGCGCGCUCCGGGAUCAGUUUUCCGGGAAAAUUUCUGACCUUGGGUCUGUUUUCCGGGAAAAUUUCUGAUCUUGGGCUCUGUUUUCCGGGAAAAAUUUCCGAUCUUUGGCCACCGUGCGACUUGUUUCUGCAACCAGAGCGCUUUGUUUUCGAUUUUCGGCCACUGCGGGGCUCGUUUCUGCAACUGGGUCGGCGGAAAGAUCGGUCGUUAGCUUGGUUUGGAUGGUGAGGAAGCUCAUUGGAACAUGCCAGUGUCGACGCGGUCCCACUCGCAGAGCGGCAGCCGAGGGCAGAGCAAUGAGGACGACGACUCGUGCCCGGGGCCGCGGUCGAGGGCGGCCCAGAUGAGCGGCCUGAACCUCCCGCUGCGGAACCCGCACCACGGCUUGAAAGAGAAGAUGAAGGAGCUGACCCUCCUCUACGAGCAGCAGAAGCAGGCGAGGAACGUUUCAAGAACGACGGCGGCGGCGGCGGAGGAGCAGAGCGGGAACCGUGCCGGCUUCUCGACCCACCCGAGCGUCGAGCUCUUCGGAUCGAAGGAGCCGAAAGUGGAAGACGGGUCGAGGCCGGGUCAGGUCAUGAGGGAGAACACGAUGACCAACUCGACGAUCACCAGAACGUUCGUCCUGCCCCAGCCCAGCAAGCCGAACCCGAACCCGAGGGCCGGGGACGCGAAGGAGAACAUCGGCUCCGGCCAGGACAGGAUAAUCGGGUUCUCGACCUGCCCGAGGAAGGUGGUCCCAGUGGCUACUGCCACCACGGUGGCGAGGAGGCUGUCCUUGGGGGGUGGGGCUGCCAAGGUCGUUCCGGAAAUGGAGAAGCCGGAGGCGGCCAGGGAGAGGAAUUGCGGCGGCGAUCAUAGCCGGAUUCUGGUGUUCGUGAGGCUGCGGCCGAUGGCGAAGAGAGAGAGGGAGGCGGGGUCGAGGUGCUGCGUGAGGAUCGCGAACCGGAGGGACGUGUACUUGACGGAGUUCGGGAAUGAGAACGAUUACCUGAGGCUCAAGAGGCUGAGAGGGAGGCAUUUCGCUUUCGAUGCGUCGUUCCCGGACACCGCUACUCAGCAUGAAGUUUAUUCCGCUACAACAGCGGAAUUAGUCGAAGCAGUUCUGCAGGGUAGGAAUGGAUCCGUAUUCUGCUAUGGUGCGACUGGAGCUGGAAAGACUUACACAAUGCUCGGUACUGUUGAGAAUCCUGGAGUCAUGGUUUUGGCAAUUAAGGAUCUCUUCACCAAAAUCAGGCAGAGGAGCUGUGAUGGAAACCACGUGGUUCAUCUGUCCUAUCUCGAGGUCUACAACGAAACUGUCCGUGAUUUGCUUUCUCCUGGAAGGCCUCUUGUUCUCAGAGAAGACAAACAGGGGAUUGUGGCAGCUGGUCUCACACAGUAUAGAGCUUAUUCAACAGAUGAAGUAAUGGCACUGCUUUUCCAAGGGAACCAAAACCGAACUACUGAACCGACACGGGCCAAUGAAACAUCUUCCCGAUCCCAUGCCAUUCUCCAGGUUAUGGUUGAAUAUCGAGUAAAAGAUGCAGCCAUGAAUGUGAUCAACCGAGUGGGUAAGUUGUCGUUGAUCGAUCUUGCUGGGUCAGAGAGAGCUCUUGCCACAGAUCAGAGAACUCUUAGAUCACUCGAGGGUGCCAACAUUAAUCGGUCUCUUCUUGCACUAAGUAGCUGCAUUAAUGCUCUUGUGGAGGGAAAAAGGCACAUUCCAUACCGAAACUCGAAGCUCACACAGCUGCUCAAGGACUCUCUAGGGGGAUCUUGUAAUACUGUGAUGAUCGCCAAUAUCAGUCCAAGCAAUCUCUCAUUUGGGGAGACACAAAACACACUUCAUUGGGCAGACCGAGCCAAACAAAUCCGUGCCAAGGCAAGCGAGGUGAAUGAAGAAACAUUGCAGGUACCAGAAUCAGAAGCCGACCGGGCCAAGCUCUUACUGGAGUUACAGAAAGAGAAUCGAGAAUUGCGAGCGCAAUUGGCUCGGCAGCAACAGAAGCUCCUUACCCUUCAGGCACAGUCCUUGGCUGCCCAAUCAUCUCCCACCCCAUCCUCCGUGACCUCUCUGUUGACUCCUCCUACAUCAGGCCUGCCAAAUGAAAAACGGAGACCCAGAGCUUCUUUCUUAUCAGGCACUUGUUUCACUCCAGAAUUCAAACCGAAGGGAGCGGAUGAAGUGAUUAAAGACCUUCAACAGAUCGUCAAGGCCUUGGAGGCAGACAUGCAAAAGAUGAAGAAAGAACACGCUUUUGAAUUGAAACAGAAGGACGACUGCAUAAAGCAGCUUUCACGAAAGGGUGAAAGAAGAUCAUCGAUAGGAGUGGCAAGGGAAGGAGCGAAAAGGGUAGCCACAAGGGCUAGCUCGAGACCUAAGGAGCCGAGCACUGGCGAGAUUAGGAGCCCGGGUCACCGGUUUAAAUCACCAAUUCCCACGGCUAAGAAGCGCAGCUUUUGGGACAUAACAACGGCUAAUAGCCCUUCGGCUGCCACGUUCAAUGGAAGAAAGACCAGAAGCCAUGUUGUUCCCGACCUGGCUGGAGCUCCCUCCAUGCUACUUCAGCCGGGUUUCACCCGUAGAAGGCCCCCUGAAAAUGUUUCAAGUAGAGGCGACUAAAGAAAGAUAAGCGGGAGAGUUGGAGCUCGAGCAUGAUAAUGUGUAGACGAGGAGAGAUGGAGAAAGCAACAUGCCGGGUGGUAUUCUAUAAUUAAGGACAUGUGCUUUGUGUGCUUUUUUUCACGUCUCUCUCCCUCUAUGCGUGCGAUCAAGCAAGCCUUAUAAAUUCUGUUUGUAUCCAUACCGUUUAUUCUUUCACAAUAGUUUCGAUUGUGAUCACAGCAGAUUCUUUUAUUAGUUUGAUUAGAUCACGUUUAAUGUAAUGCUUGACCACGAAAUGGCCGCGCACUAAGUAUUGCCAGGCGUCCUAGAUUUCGAC